UUGAUUCCUGAAUUACAAUAUUAACAGUCGUUUCCGGUUGACAACACGAAAAAGUUUAAUAAUUUGCAAUGAUAAAUUCUGAUAUAAUCUGACACUAGUUUUGAUAGACAAGUUGAAUAUUCAUUUACGAUGAUAUCUGACUUAAUCCUCUUUGGGACCUUAAUGGUAAAUGCAGGAGCUGUUCUCAAUUUUAAGUUGAGAAAAGGUAAAGAGGAAUCAUUUGGAGCAAGUCUAGAGCCAUCUGCUGGAGACAAAGUGAGAGAGUUUCUGUUGAGCCUGAGAUACUUUAGAAUCUUCAUAGCUCUUUGGAAUAUGUUUGUCAUGUUUUUAAUGAUUGUAUUUUUUAGCCACUAGGGAAUCUGCAUAUUUAAGAAUUUUGUUGGAUACAUCAUUUGGAUCAGUAACUGGGACAUUGAUCAUUUCAUUGGAUGCUUGAUAUUGGGACAUUUUUUUAUGGAUGAUUGACCUUCACCAUGUGAUACUGUCAUGUUUAUUACCGUCGAUCAGUUUUAAGAAAUCAUUAAAAUAUUUAUGUACA